AUGAGUGCGCCAUCCAUUGCUGAAGCUGUGAAUACAGUUUCCUCGUUUCUGGCCUUUGAGCAAGUUCACAGUUCUUCCGACCUCGAACACAUUUGGCAAUCUGCAAGCGCUGAAAGGCAGCACAGCGCAGCCAGUGAAUUGCCACCAACGGAUGUUAUUGUUCUAUGUGCUUCUGCAGUACUUUCUACAGCUGAGACGGUGUUUUCGACAUUAGCAAAAUGUCAUAGCUUGAGAGAGCAGGAAGUAUCCCAAAAUAAACAUCGUAUAGUCCUUGUUCUUUGCGGUGGACUAGGUCAUUCGACGGAAUUGAUGCACCAAGCCGUUGCUGCACACCCCAAAUAUGGCGUGCUGGCUAAAAAACUAUCCGGCCAGCCGGAGGCACGCAUUUUGCAAGCCAUUGGAGAAAAGUAUUUUUGGUUGAAUAUCAACGGUGUUCAAUCUGAAGACGUGACAGCAUUCAUGGCAAAAGACCAAUUGCCCAGCUUUUCAAUCUUGAUCGAGGACAAGUCGACAAACUGUGGUGCAAAUGCUGCCCGAACGAGAGAAGUAUUGGAGACUCAUGGAAUCUACUCGCCGCGUUCGAUUGUCGUGUCUCAGGACCCGACAAUGUGCAGACGUACUAUUGCCUCCUUUGAGCGCGUAUAUUCCGACAAAAUCGGCGACGGUCCCAGAUUAUUCAGCUGGCCAACAUUUGUACCUACGGUGGCCACAGACAGGGAGAUGGAAGGAAGAACAGACCACGAUAUCUCGUCGUUUUUGUGUUAUGACAUUCUUCGUAUGGGCCAAGUGGAUCCGGAUGGACUAUGGACUAUCACUCGCUUUCUAGACCUGAUCAUGGGGGAGAUUCCCCGCUUGAGGGACAACACCGAUGGUUAUGGUCCGACUGGAAAAGGAUUCAUCUCCCAUGUCGACAUCCCAGAAAAUGUGGAAACAGCAUGGCAAAUACUAGAUGCCAUCAUGACGAACUCAGGAAGGAGAAGAUGAGAAUUUAAAGGAAUAGAACGUUUUUUGGGAAUAGAUUAAUAUUUUAUGUCUCGGAAAAAGGAUUGGCGAGCAUGCCAAUCUCGUGGGAGGGGAACAAUCAUUAAUUUUCUGCGACACACCUUGAGAGAUGGACUCUUGGUAUGAGCACGAAUUGUAAAUUUCCUUCACUGAAGAAGACCUUCGGAAUGAACCAAAAUCGAGCCCGUAGAAAUCUUAACCGCCCGG